ACGAUCAUACAUAGUUCUCUUUCCCUCCUCCCGCCUUUAAAAGCCUGACGCUCGCGUCUGCUGAUGUCGUCUCCCAAAGCCCUGGUACAGCUGGUGGUCAUUGGGGCACAGAGCUUCGUAAAGGCGUUUGUCGCGGCGGGAAGGCAAGCACAUAGAAAUAUUCAACAUCGACCGGAGGGUGGAAUAAGCGGCGAUGCAGCGGGCGUCGGGAAUGCCACAACGGGUUCCAUAACGGACAAAAUCACCCGGGAACACAGGAUGACAGCCGAAGAAGCCAGGAUGAUCUUGAACGUUAAGAAGGAUGAUCCAUUAGAGAGGAUCCUUCAGCAUUACCAACACCUCUUCAAAGCAAACUCGCCACCGCCGCCACCACCAAAGCCUGUGCCCGGCCAAAGAGUGCCGCCUCCUCCCGCGUAUUCGCAUUACCUCCAGUCCAAAGUCGUGCGUGCCCGCGAACGGAUAGAGGCGGAACUCAAGGUGGGCGAGCAGCCAUCGGCUUCAACAACAGAUGCCCCGCCGCCACCACCACCGCCGUCCUCAUCAUCCUCUGGACCGAAAGACCAGUCAAGCUGACUGGAUAUGAUCGGAUCCGCUAGACGUAUUACAUCUGUAGUAUCAUUUGCACCUCUAUCACCCCCCAUUCACAGGACUAUCGCAAUGACGGAGUCGACGCAUGCCACAUAGUGGCACACCUUCCAUACUUAUCGCGACGCCAAUUUUAGAGUAUACGUUUCGAUGUAGGUAAGCUGUAUCUGAAUCUGUCGGAUGGGGUACAUGCAGUUCCGCAAAAUUGACAAUCAUAGAUCCAAGAACAAGCUAUCUUCGUUUUUUGAGGCUCUGCCCGAUCACCCCGAGAAGGUGCUCAAAAGGCCGGCUAUGGCGCCGCCGGCGACUGCACACAGUGAUAUGCCGCCGAUGCCCAAGCCUGCCAUAGCGACGCUUUGGGCGGCAGCAAAGAAGGAGCCCGCCGCUACGGAUCCUAUAGCUG